AUGGAAGACAAGCCUCAUGGCUUUAAGUCUUUCCAAGCUCAGCUUAAGCGUCGGUAUGAGGAUGGAGACCCUGAUGUUGGUCUUCUUGGAGAAUCUUCUGGCAAAUUUGAUUAUUAUGUCCUUUACCCAAAGAAAAAGCCUGUUACCACUCCUCCUCCCACCUGUAAACCUUUACUACCUCAUCCUAAACCUCCACCACCAGCCUCUCCUCCAUGUAUGGUUUCAUGCCCUAAACCACAAUCUCCUUCACCUAAGCCAUCUCCAAACCAUCCAAAGCCUGCAUCUAAACCACCACUCAUGCCUUUCUAUAAAAAAGCCUUGUCCCAUCUCCGAUGUUCCCAAUCAGUUUCUCCAAAGCCUAAUCCAAUCUCCUCUUCACCUAUGGUAUGCGCUUAUGAGCCAACAUCAGAUCCUCCCUUCCCUGCUACAGAUGAUUUUGAUCAUCCAGCAGAAAGGACACGUUAUGUUUGGAGAAGCAAAGAUCCCUCUGGUCUUCAGACUGAUGGUACGUCCAAACGUGGCUCAGCAGCAGAAGCAGCUCUAAAUUGGCAAGAUGAAAAUGCAGCUCAGCAGAAUCGUGCUUUGCAAAAGAUCUUGCAUAAUCAGCAGCAGCUCGCAGCUAUUGUGCAAAAACAAAGCCCAGUCAUUCCUAUGUUAGAAGCUCGUAUCGCAGUAGUUGAAAAGGAAUUAUAUGUCAUUGCUACAACAGUUCGUGAUUCCAAUCUUCUCUUGCAAAAGGAAAUGGAAAGAAAGAAUUUAAAGGCUCAGCUCUAUUCGCUCAAGAAUCCGCCUCACCCUGCUUUCUCUCUUUUUGAUGAUAACCCAUUAUUACCUCGACAGAAUCCGCUACCUGCUCAACCUCCACCCUUUAUGCCAUCCUCAGUCCCUAUUGUCCCAUGGGCUUCUCCUCCUCCAUCUUACAGCCAGCCGUUACCUCCACCUCCUCAACCCUCAGCCUCACAAUCUUUUUCACCUACUCCACCCUCUCAACCAGCCUCACACCCCUCUUUAAAUCCUAUUGCUUCCUUCCUUCGCAGUCGUGCUUUGAUUCCGUCAAGCGAUGACGAGUCAUCGGAAGCCUCUUCUCAGACUGAAAGCACUGAAUCUACUGUCCCAGAUCAACUUAUGCAGCAGCCUACUCCACAGCCUCCACAAGCUGAUCCUCAUGUUGAUGAAGCUGCUAGUGAUGUUGAUGAAGACAGACCUGCUCCUCCUCAUCAUGCUCCUCGUGUUGUUGCUCCAGAAAGUGAUCACAAGAAAUUGUUUACUCUUGAUGAUCUUUCGCCUCAUGAAUGGCAACAGUGA